AGCACAUACGUAUGUGUGAAGAGAGAGGGAAGGUUGCCAGGUGGUGGCGGCCCACAUGGCUGCCACCACCACACUCCUCGUCCCUCAUACACCACUAUCAUGAGGCAGCUGCUCUAGUGCACGAGAGAGGCAGCUGGUGUAGUGGAGGAGAGGCAGCUGGUGUAGUGUAGGAGGUGGUAGUGUAGGCGAGGGAAGGCAGUAUAGUGGUGGUGUGUGGCAGGUGAGGGCUGGACGUGGUGCUGGUCUUGGACGUGUUCAGUGUGAGGGUAGUGGAGGAGUACGGCCGGCCCUCGGCCUCAUUGUGGCCUCACACACCACUACCACCACCACCAGGUCACCACCACUCGUCUCUACCACCAUCUACCACCACAGGUCACCAUGGACGUGGAGUGUCAUUAGCCCUGUGGUCCUCGACCCAUCUUCGUAUGAGAGAUCGGGCAACAAAAACCAUUCCAGAUGUUGAACUUUGUCCAAAGCAGCCGUCUUUCUGAAGAUGGUCUCCAUGCUUGGUUACAAUAAUCAAGUGUAGUGAGUGUGUGCACAACCCAGAUCACUUACUCAGUGACCGAGAGUGUUCUCGAAGCUGUAGAGAAUGGGACGCUGGUUAAAACCUUUGUUGAACAUCAGGAAUACUACAGGUGUAUAGUGUGCAAUAGGACUAUGUCUGGUAUUGUUCCUGCACAAAGCCACCUCGAAGGAUCUCCUCACAGAAAAGCUAUACGAACUCACAUGUACAGCUCAGUCCUUGGCGCAUCUAAGAGAGGAUCAGAUCUAUCUUUUGACAGGCUAGACAGCACUUCACAGUGUAUGCCGGCAACCAGUUAUCAGUCUCCAUCUCUUGUGCGGAAAGAAAACACAUCAGUCUCGUCACUAAAACCUGUUACUCAGCAUGAAACUGACCUCCUAGAGGUGGCAAUGAAACGUGGUAUAGUAGAAGUGAGGAUGGUGAAUGAGCAGACCUUCAUAUUCUGCUGUUUGUGUAACAUAUCGUGUACAAGUGAUGCUAACAUGACGCAGCAUCUGGAAGGAGAACCCCACUGUAAGAAACAGAGGAUGACAUUUGCAAAGGACCCCUCCACUGAAGUAGCAAUACCAAAGAAGACACCAGCAUCACUUUAUUACAGUACUUCCCCAUCAAUGCUGUCCUAUUCAUCUAACCCAGAAAAAGAACUCGAUUUUCUAAAAUGUGAUAAUUAUUCACCACCUAAAGACUUGGUAGAAUCUGCCAUAGAGGAUGGCAUUGUUACAAAAGCGGAGGGGAUUGACUCAUCUUUAAUUUGCACAGUUUGUAAGACACCUUGUACUGGAGAAACACCUAUGAAACAGCACCUUCAAGGUAGCAGUCAUCUCAAGAAAAUGAGGAGUGGUUGGCAUAGGAGAGUGGAAGAUUUGUCAUCGUACCCAGGCAACACCUCUCAAGAACAAAGUGCACUGAAAUUGCCUAAAUCACAAGAUAACACAUCGCCUUCCAGAGACAUAUUAGAUUCUGCAUUAGAGAAUGGCAUUGUGGUACGCGAAAAAUUUGACCCGAGUCAUUUGACUUGCACAAUUUGUGGGUCAACUUGUACCGGCGAAACACCUACAAGGCAACACCUUAAAGGUAGCACUCAUAUGAAAAAAUUAAGAGCAAAAGGGUAUGCACAUCAGUCUACUGCUUGUGCCACUCCUGCUAAAAAUAUAGCAAAUUGGUGUGAGAAAAAGGAUUGUACUUCAAUAAGUCAAAGUUUCGAUACAUCUCAAGGUUUAUUGGAAUCAGCAAUGGCUGUUGGCUGUGUUAUUAAAGUUAAUGGUGGUUAUCAGUGUUUGGUGUGCUGCGUUCCCUGCAACAGUGUAACAAGCAUUUCAGACCAUUUGACAGGAGACCAACAUCAUAGGAAACUAAGGGACCAGAAAAACUAUGAUCAGUUCAAGACGAGUGCUAGUCAAAUAAAUGGCCGCCGCAGUGUUUCUCCACCGGAGUAUUUAGCCACAACUAGUUCCUCAACUGUUACACCAGCACCACAAGAAGAGAAAUUUGCAUUUAAAUCUGAUGUAAAUAAGGCAUCCACAUCAGAGAGUAUGACUGGUUGUUCUUUUCAAAAUAUUGACAGUUUAAGAACCUCUUUCAUUAAAUUGCCAGAAACUUUAAGUGACAUUAAGGUAUAUUUAGCUGGUAAUACUCUUGAUGAUCUUUUUAACUAAUAUAUGUUGUACUGUACUCCUAAUAAUGUUAACAUUUUCGCGCCCCGGGCAUGCGCGCCACCAACUUAGAGAUAAUGCCCCUGGCGUACGAGGAGCCCGCGACGACACCGAAAUGUGUAUACUCGUUUCAGUUUUCUCACCUUAAUUCUCGUGCUAUGUCGUUCUU